AUGUCGCCAGUACGAGCUCAACAAGACCAGGAUAGUGGAGAUAAAGAGGCGACACUCUGGUCCGGGCAAGAGGAUUGUUCAGAGACAAAAACCCAUUGCUAUGCAGCCACGACUAAACAAGAUGCAGCUCGACAAGCUGAUACGCAGUUUCGCCAGAAGUUUGGGGAUGCCGGUCCCCUUGGUCUGUCUGGGUUCGCCUUUGCGACAUUUUUAACAGCCUUGGUCAAUCUCAAUGUUCGUGGAGUCACUAUUCCCAACAUUGUCAUUGGACCGGCUCUGGUUUAUGGAGGCCUUGCUCAACUACUCUCUGGCAUGUGGGAUAUCGCCAAUGGAAACACAGUCAGUGCAACCAUUGCCUGUUCGUAUGGCUGUUUCUGGAUCUCCUAUGCCAUCAGCCUCAUUCCCAGUUUCCACGUCAGGGAUGCUUAUCCCAGUGACGGCGACUACAACCACGCCAACGGACUGUUUCUCAUGGGAUUCUUCAUCUUUUCAGUGGCCAUAACCUUGUGCUCCAUGAAAUCGAAUGUCUUUUCACUAACACUUUGCCUCCUUGUCAACUGCACCUGGUUGUUACUCGGAUUAGCUAACCUCUGCACUGAAGAGUCAGGCGCGCCCAAUGACGUCCUCCUCAAGUGUGGCGGUGCUACUGGCUUGUUGGUUUCAUUCACAGCGUGGUAUCUUAUGUAUGAGGGCUUAGCAAACAGGCAGAACAGCUUUGUUGUGCCCAUGAAUCCUGAUCUUCCAUGGAACCCAAGCCGACGACCGUGA